AUGUUUAUCCAGUUUGGGCCCAAAGGCUUAAACAGCAGGAGGGACCUCGACUGUAGUGACCUGACCAGCAGCGACUGUAGUGACCUGACCAGCAGCGACUGUAGAGACCUGACCAGCAGUGACUGUAGUGACCUGACCAGCAGUGACUGUAGGGACCUCGAUUGUAGUGACCUGACCAGCAGCGACUGUAGUGACCUGACCAGCAGCGACUGUAGUGACCUGACCAGCACUGACUGUAGUGACCUGACCAGCACUGACUGUAGUGACCUAACCAGCAGCGACUGUAGUGACCUGACCAGCAGCGACUGUAGUAACCUGACCAGCAGUGACUGUAGUGACCUGACCAGCAGUGACUGUAGUGACCUGACCAGCAGCGACUGUAGUGACCUGACCAGCAGCGACUGUAGUGACCUGACCAGCAGCGACUGUAGUAACCUGACCAGCAGCGACUGUAGUGACCUGACCAGCAGUGACUGUAGCGACCUGACCAGCAGCGACUGUAGUGACCUGACCAGCAGUGACUGUAGUGACCUGACCAGCAGUGACUGUAGUGACCUGACCAGCAGUGACUGUAGUGACCUGACCAGCACUGACUGUAGUGACGUGACCAGCAGUGACUGUAGUGACCUGACCAGCAGCGACUGUAGUGACCUGACCAGCACUGACUGUAGUGGCCUGACCAGCAGUGACUGUAGAGACCUGACCAGCAGUGACUGUAGUGACCUGACCAGCACUGACUGUAGUGACCUGACCAGCAGCGACUGUAGUGACCUGACCAGCAGUGACUGUAGUGACCUGACCAGCAGCGACUAUAGUGACCUGACCAGCAGUGACUGUAGGGACCUCGACUGUAGUGACCUGACCAGCAGCGACUGUAGUGACCUGACCAGCACUGACUGUAGUGAUCUGACCAGCAGCGACUGUAGAGACCUGACCAGCAGUGACUGUAGUGACCUGACCAGCAGUGACUAUAGGGACCUCGACUGUAGUGACCUGACCAGCAGUGACUGUAGGGACCUCGACUGUAGUGACCUGACCAGCAGCGACUGUAGUGACCUGACCAGCAGCGACUGUAGUGACCUGACCAGCAGUGACUCUAGUGACCUGACCAGCAGUGACUGUAGUGACCUGACCAGCACUGACUGUAGUGACGUGACCAGCAGCAACUGUAGUGACCUGACCAGCACUGACUGUAGUGACGUGACCAGCAGCGACUGUAGUGACCUGACCAGCAGUGACUGUAGUGACCUGACCAGCACUGACUGUAGUGACGUGACCAGCAGUGACAGUAGUGACCUGACCAGCACUGACUGUAGUGACGUGACCAGCAGUGACUGUAGUGACCUGACCAGCAGCGACUGUAGUGACCUGACCAGCACUGACUGUAGUGACCUGACCAGCAGCGACUGUAAUGACCUGACCAGCAGCGACUGUAGUGACCUGACCAGCAGCGACUGUAGUGACGUGACCAGCAGUGACUGUAGUGACCUGACCAGCAGCGACUGUAGUGACCUGACCAGCACUGACUGUAGUGACCUGACCAGCAGCAACUGUAGUGACCUGACCAGCACUGACUGUAGUGACCUGACCAGCAGCGACUGUAAUGACCUGACCAGCAGCGACUGUAGUGACCUGACCAGCAGCGACUGUAAUGACCUGACCAGCAGCGACUGUAGUGACGUGACCAGCAGUGACUGUAGUGACCUGACCAGCAGCGACUGUAGUGACCUGACCAGCAGCGACUGUAGUGACCUGACCAGCAGUGACUGUAGUGACCGGACCAGUAGCCAUGGCGCCCCUAUGUGCGUCUGUAGUGAAUCACACUAUAAUCUGUAA